CAGGUCCUGCCACCGGGCGCCGGGUCUUGGCUGCUGCCGCUGCCCGGCCUCCCGAGGUGUGAGCGGCGGCUGUUUGCUUCUGAAGGCUGGGCACGUCCGGGCGGGCUCGAGGCUGCGAGCUCGGAGUCAGGAGCCGGGGCGCCGCGCGCACCGGCCAUGGCUGGUUGCGGGGGGCUGGCCCUGCUCCUGGCCGCCCUGCUGGGCAGCGCGUGGGCGCGGAGGAGCCAGGACCUGCACUGUGGAGCCUGCAGGGCCCUAGUGGACGAACUAGAGUGGGAGAUUGCCCAAGUGGACCCCAAGAAGACCAUCCAGAUGGGUUCUUUUCGGAUCAACCCUGACGGCAGCCAGUCAUUUGUGGAGGUGCCCUAUGCCCGCUCAGAAGCCCACUUGACUGAACUGCUGGAACGGGUUUGUGAGCAAAUGAAGGAGUAUGGGGAACAGGCUGACCCUGCCACUCACAGAAAGAAUUAUGUACGGGUAGUGAGCCGGACCAAGAGCUCUGUGGAACUGGACCCAGAAGGCAUUCGAAUCGACGGAGACAUCCGAGCCAGCCUCAAGUUUGCGUGCGAGAGCAUUGUAGAAGAAUAUGAAGACGAGCUCAUUGAGUUCUUUUCCCGAGAAACCGACAACGUCAAAGACCGGCUCUGUAGCAAACGCACAGAUCUGUGUGACCAUGCCCUGCACAUAUCUCAUGAUGAGCUGUGACCCACUGGAGCGCUCCUCAACCCAGACAGACCUGAUGGACCACCCCCCAGGAGGGGAAAAGGGGCUGCAAUGCCUUUUAUAUGAUGUUUUUACUAAAAUGAACCCAAAAACUGGGGGGAAAAACCUAAACAUUGUGCAAACCAAGUUGUGUCUCCCCACCAAUCUCACUCCCUAUUAGAGUUAGGGCUGGGGGUUUACCGAAGAGGGGCUAGGAAGGAAUUUGGGAGUUGGGGUAGAAUGAACCUGGGAGUUCUGAACCUUCUACCUCCUGGUUUUAUUCAUUCAAUCAUUUGUUGAAUGUUUAUUUCAUGAUGGAGCCAAUGAAUAGUUCCUGAUUCAAA